CUCUUCAAAUUUCUCCUCCUUCCAUGGCUUCUCCAUUUCUCUCCACCUUCUUCCUCAACGCCUAACCUUCCCUCCAUUUCUUUCUCUCUCAUUCUGAAAUCUCCCUCUCUUCUCUUCUCCAUUUUCACGUCCCUAUGGCCGCCGGUUUCACCUUCCCGAUAAUACGCCGACUCGUCUCCCCUUUCGGGAGCCACUAUUCUCGCCUCUCCAACGCUCGAUCCCUCACUUACAUGCCUAGGCCCGGCGAUGGUGAUCCGCGCCCGGUCACUCUCAUUCCCGGAGACGGAAUCGGUCCUCUGGUGACUAACGCGGUGGAGCAAGUGAUGGAGGCGAUGCACGCUCCCGUCUACUUCGAGCGGUAUGAUGUCCAUGGCUAUAUGAAGGAGGUUCCUAGAGAGGUAAUAGAAUCUAUUUUGAAGAAUAAAGUUUGUUUGAAAGGUGGGCUGAUGACUCCGAUGGGCGGCGGCGUUAGUUCACUCAAUGUGCAACUCAGGAAGGAGUUCGACUUGUACGCCUCACUUGUUAAUUGUUUCAAUUUCCCUGGAUUGCCUACGCGUCAUGAGAAUGUUGAUAUCGUCGUCAUCAGGGAGAAUACGGAGGGUGAGUACGCUGGCCUCGAGCAUGAGGUCGUUCCUGGCGUCGUUGAGAGCCUCAAAGUGAUCUCAAAGUUUUCCUCGGAACGCAUUGCCAAAUAUGCGUUUGAGUAUGCUUAUCUGAACAACAGAAAGAAAGUGACGGCAGUGCACAAAGCCAACAUUAUGAAGCUUGCAGACGGUUUGUUUUUGGAGUCUUGCAGGGAAAUAGCAACCCAAUAUCCUAGUAUCCAAUACAAUGAGGUUAUUGUUGACAACUGCUGCAUGCAGCUUGUUUCAAAACCUGAGCAAUUUGAUGUCAUGGUGACUCCGAACCUUUAUGGGAAUCUAGUGGCAAACACAGCAGCUGGAAUUGCCGGAGGCACUGGUCUGAUGCCAGGAGGGAACGUGGGGUGUGAUCAUGCGAUAUUUGAACAAGGAGCUUCGGCAGGGAACGUUGGGAAUGAGAAAAUAGUGGAAGGGAAGAAAGCAAACCCAGUUGCUUUGCUGCUUUCAUCGGCAAUGAUGCUGAGACACCUUCAGUUUCCUUCUUUCGCUGAUAGACUUGAGAGUGCUGUCAAACGUGUAAUCAUGGAUAACAAAUGUAGGACUAAGGAUCUUGGUGGAGACUCCACUACCCAACACGUUGUCGAUGCUGUCAUUGCCUUUUUGGACUGACUCUUUUUUUCAAACUCCGCCUUCUCUCUCUUCUAUUCUAUUCUAUUUCAUUCAUUUAAUUUAACUACGUUAUUAUUUUUUUAUUAACAAAAAUAUCCUUUGUCAAAUAAUAAGGUGAGAUUUGUUAUUUUAAUAAAGUUCUCCUCCAAUUUUGGUUA